AAAACCAGCUAUUUGAUUCUACGGAUACCGACAAACCUCAUACUAAAGUAUCAUCGGUUAAACGGACAAUAAUAUCGAUUAAUUGUUACAAUAAGAUAUAAUAAUAGAUAAAUCUAUCAUUUUUAUUUCGAAAAUAAUAGCAUUUUAUUGUUUAAAAGAAAAGCUAACAUCAAAAUAACCUAAAACUUAACAACCCGAAACGUCAGUUGAAAUCAAGAUGGCGGCCAAAGCUGAGCCAAUAGGACCGCGGAACGGGCACGAGUUAGCGCCAUUGAAUACGCGCGCGGACGGCAGCGAGCGACCUCACGGGGUGACUAUAGUGCUGCAGGGCUCCAGAGGUUCCCUGCAACGCGAGGCGCCUGGCGAGGACCGCGCUGCUUGGUCUGGGAAGCUGCAGUUCUUCCUUUCAAUCAUCGGAUAUUCAGUUGGUUUGGGAAAUAUCUGGCGAUUCCCGUAUUUAUGUCAACAAAAUGGCGGAGGUGCAUUCCUGAUCCCAUUUCUGAUUAUGCUGGUGCUGGAGGGCAUACCGCUCUUCCUGAUAGAGAUGGCUAUCGGGCAGAAGAUGCGCCUUGGAUCCCUCGGCGUGUGGAACACGAUUCACCCCUGGCUGGGCGGCAUUGGUAUUUCCAGCUGUAUUGUCACCCUCUUCGUCGCUCUGUACUACAAUGUCAUCAUCACCUGGGUCUUCUUUUAUCUUUUUAAUAGUAUUCGGCUAUCAGCUGACCAGCUGCCCUGGGCUCAUUGUCCUCAAGACAACAGUACAGCGGAGCUGGAAUGUAGCAAGGCGUCGGCUACAGUGUACUAUUGGUACCGAGAGGCACUUGACGCGUCGCCCAGCAUCGAAGACCCUGGUGUACCUCGUUGGUGGAUCGUGCUAUAUCUCCUGUUAGCCUGGAUCAUCGUCUUCUUUAUUGUGAUGAAGGGAAUACAGAGCAGUGGGAAAGUGGUGUACUUCACGUCUCUGUUCCCUUACGCUGUAUUGACAAUAUUCUUUAUCCGCGGCAUCACUCUGCCGGGCUCUGCUGAUGGAAUAAUACAUAUGUAUAAACCUAAGUUGGGCAAACUCCUCGAUCCAACAGUAUGGUUGGACGCAGCAACUCAAGUGUUUUACUCAUUUGGACUCGCGUUUGGUUCCCUCAUCGCUUUCGGUUCAUAUAAUCCGCCGAACAACAACUGUGUGCGAGACGUACUUCUCGUCUCCGUGUGUAACGCUCUCACAGCAAUCUACGCAUCUGUGGUUAUCUUCAGUAUUCUUGGCUUCAAAGCUUUUACUAUGGUAGAGAAGUGUAUGACAAAGGAAAUCAAAGUCUUAGCAAUGCACCAUAUCGGCGGGUUUACAUUGAACUCGACUUUUGAUUACUACAAGGAGGAGUUCCCAACUUUAAACAACACCGUGGUAACUGCAUUCAACCUAACUGGAUGCACUAUGAGUAGACAAUUGGAAGAGGCAGCGGAAGGCACCGGGUUAGCUUUCAUCGUGUUCACACAGGCUAUCCUCAAACUGACACCAGCUCCGUUCUGGUCGAUCAUCUUCUUCCUCAUGCUGCUGUCGUUGGGUCUGGGCAGCCAGAUCGGCAUCAUGGAGGGCAUGCUGUGCACCAUCUUUGAUAUUGACUUCUUCAAACGAAUGAGCAAACCGGUCAUAACUGGCGUCGUGUGUACUUUCUGUUUCCUCGUGGGGCUGAUCUUCACGACGGGUGCGGGCGAGUACUGGCUCAAGAUGUUUGACUCGUUCGCUGGAACUAUCGGCCUCGUGGUCGUAGCGUUGCUCGAGAUGAUUUCUGUCGUCUAUAUCUAUGGACAUGAGAAAUUCACAAACGACAUCUACGAGAUGACGGGUUACCGUCCUGGCUGGUACUGGCAGGUGACAUGGCGCUAUGUGGGACCAUUCAUUGUCACCUGCAUCUUGCUGUCUUCUCUGGUCUUCAUGCUCAUAAUACCGCCAACAUACGGUGCAUGGAAUGCUGCAGAGGGUCGCGUAGAGAAAACACCAUAUCCCAAUUGGGUGUUAGGCAUCGCAGCCGCCAUGAUCCUGGCUGGAGUACUGCCCAUUCCAGUGGUGCUGAUACUACGACGCUUCCAGUGCCUCGCGCUCGAUGUGGACAUCCACCAGGGCUCAAUCCGUAGGAUUGAGACCACUGUGUCCACUAAGGAGAUGAUGAGCGAUCAGGACUCUUCCGAUUCAGAGCCUGACGAAGUGAACACGGCUGAUCGCUUCGACUCGAGCAGUAGUGACGAAGAGAUUCUAAACACUAAACCAACGAGCACCGGAAUCCGACUCGCCAUGAAACCUAUCGGUCACAAACCGACAACAUUCAAAAUGGACGUCGUCGAUUGACCGUUAUUUAAAUUUUGAGGUUAUAUUCGUAGAUUACUGGUGAUACGUUCGCGUAUUGUUUACAGUAAGCCUUUAAUAUAAGAUAGUAGUUGUAAUUAUUAACAAUUAGAUGAUUACAUUUCGAAGCAAAUUAUAAUUUUUAUAAGUAGUACUUUCUUCUCUGGUCUAUACCUUACAGUAUUAUUUAUGUAGAUUAUAAAUAACACACUCCAAGUACUUAAUAUUAUAAUAAUACGAUCUACAAGUUGAUUAAUGAUACAUAUUUCACUCAUCAACAAAGGGAUUUGUCUUAAAAUCCUAUGACAAUAGUAAAUAAUUAGUUACUAAACAUACUAUACUUUCGUAUUUUAAAUUUCCAUUCGUUCAGUCAAAAAUCAGAUAAUAAUCCAUUGUUUCCAUUUCUUACAAUUAGAAGCCUUGUUUAGUAAAUUGAUAUAUUAAAAAUAUUUAUAAAAGAAAUCGUAAUAACACGAUAAAAUAAUCAUAAAUUUAUUUUGGUCAUGAAAAUUAAAAAAUAUAUUUCUUUAUGUAGUAUGUAUACGCAACGUUAAAAUAUCAAGCCUUUUAGUGAAAAUACAUAAA